AUGCUAGUACUAAGCAUAGUUUUCUUGUGUAUUGGUUUGACAGCUGCGAAGUGGCCAGCAAAUACAUGUGGUGAACGUCCUUUACAUGCAGGCAAAGUUGUAAAUGGUGUCGUUGCUAAAGAAGGAGAUUGGCCAUGGAUGUGUUCAAUGUUGUUCAAUGGUCGACACAUUUGUGGGGCUACACUCGUUCAUCAAAAAUGGGUUGUUACUGCUGCUCACUGUGUAACUGACAAAACUGCAUCCAAAUACGUACUUGAAUGUGGUCUUCAUCACCGAACUAAUAAAGAAUCAUGGACUCGUUCAUUCAAAGUUCUUCGAGUCUUAGGACAUGCUCAGUACAGUAGCUCAAACUAUCGAAAUGAUAUUGCCGUUAUGGAAUUAGAAACAUCAGCUUAUAUACCAGGCAAAACCGAAUGGGAUGAUUAUGUUAUGCCCGCCUGUGUUCCACCAACUGGUUCUGACUAUGCCGGUAAAACAUCAUAUGCUACUGGUUGGGGAACUCUCUCUUCUGGUGCUUCAACAUUACCUCUUCCUCUUUAUCAAGUUGACUUACGUAUAUGGAGUAAAACAGAAUGUCAAGCUUAUGCUACAAUGGCACAUCCAACCACUCAAGUUUGUGCUGGUGGACCAAACAAAGAUACUUGCCAAGGUGAUUCAGGUGGUCCAUUGACUGUCUUCGACGAUGCCAAGAAUAAAUGGCAAUUGAUUGGUGCAACAUCAUGGGGUUACGGUUGUGGUCAAGGAGGUGUCUACACCCAAAUUGAAUAUUACCGCAGCUGGAUAGAAUCAACAUGUGGUAUCACAUUAAUAAAUUAA